UGUGCAGUGAGGGCGCCUCCAGGACAUGGGGGCCCCAUCGGCAGCGGCCCCUCCAGCCCCGAGGCCAUGCUCCCCCCGCAAGUCAGGGAGGCUGCCGGGGGCCUGGGAUGGAGCCGGGGGCCUGGGAUGGAGCCGGCGGAGGGUGCGCGGGGGGAGAUUUUGCGGAGAUGUUUAAUAUUCAGGUCACAUGACGAUGGCAGCAGGAGCAGCACCAGCAUCCCCGCUCUUCUGAAAUAGCCACUGGAGAAGGAAGGGAAGGAGAGAGGGGGGAGAAGAGGACGCAGGGAAGAAAGACAAAGGUAAAAGCAAGUGGAGCUUUGUAGCCCACCGUGCUGCUUCAUCAGCGUCAGGCUUGAAAAGUGGGGGGAGACCCACCCCCUUGGGAGAGGAUUCGGAGACAAAGGAAGCUUCAUGUUCAAAGGACCAGUGGACAGCAAAAACGAAGCAGCCAUGUCUGAGCUGGUCCCAGAGCCACGACAAAAACCAGUCGUACCAAUGAAGCCCAUGGGCAUCAACACCAGCUUGCUGGGCUACAUCGGUAUCGACACCAUCAUUGAGCAGAUGCGCAAGAAAACCAUGAAGACGGGUUUCGACUUCAACAUCAUGGUUGUAGGUCAGAGCGGACUGGGAAAGUCAACGCUGGUAAACACCCUCUUCAAAUCCCAGGUGAGCCGCAAAUCUUCAGGCUGGAACCGGGAGGAGAAGAUCCCCAAGACAGUGGAGAUCAAAGCCAUUGGGCAUGUCAUUGAAGAAGGUGGUGUCAAAAUGAAGCUGACAGUGAUUGACACACCAGGAUUUGGGGACCAGAUCAACAAUGAGAACUGCUGGGAGCCUAUUGAGAAAUACAUCAACGAGCAAUAUGAAAAGUUUUUGAAAGAGGAGGUGAAUAUUGCAAGGAAGAAACGAAUUCCAGACACGCGCGUGCACUGCUGCCUCUACUUCAUCUCCCCUACAGGGCACUCCUUGCGGCCUUUGGACCUGGAGUUCAUGAAACAUCUCAGCAAGGUCGUGAACAUCAUCCCAGUUAUUGCUAAGGCUGACACCAUGACCUUGGAGGAGAAGACUGAAUUCAAACAAAGAGUGCGCAAGGAACUAGAAGUAAAUGGGAUCGAGUUUUAUCCCCAGAAAGAAUUUGAUGAGGACUUGGAGGAUAAAACAGAGAACGACAAAAUCAGGCAGGAAAGCAUGCCCUUUGCAGUAGUGGGCAGUGACAAGGAGUACCAAGUGAAUGGCAAAAGAGUCCUGGGCAGGAAAACACCUUGGGGAAUCAUUGAAGUGGAAAACCUCAAUCACUGUGAAUUUGCCCUACUUCGAGAUUUUGUCAUCAGGACCCACCUUCAGGACCUAAAAGAAGUGACCCACAACAUCCACUAUGAGACCUACAGGGCCAAACGGCUGAAUGACAACGGAGGGCUGCCCCCCAUGACUGUGGAGACAGAGGAAAACCACGAAAGUAACCUGUGAAAGACCUCCCCCUCCGUGGUCACCCAGUGACUCUGGCCAGACAACCCACCCCUGCUACCCCUGACUCAGCCACCGGGCCUGUCUCUGCAGCACGAGGCAGCUCCUGGUGGGAGUGAGAGGAUGCGAGUGUGAGUUGCGUGUGGCGUGCGUGUGCCUCCCUGUGUGCCGGACAGGGACAGGGGCAUCCCCCCGGCCCUCCCAGAGUGUCCCCAUCCUCAGUCUGUUUGUGCACAGUGCACUGUCCCUCAGCUUCCCUGCUCUCCUUUCUGUGUCUCAGCUGUGUAUCUUGCCUGGGGGAAAUAGUGUUGGGAGGGAAGGAUUUCUAGGGGCAUGGAUUUUGGAGGGGGGAGGUGUGGGGCAUGCUGUAGUCCUGUUUUUAUCACUUGGACACAAGGCAAGGAGAGACUCUGGGAGAGAUGGUGGAGUCAAUGCAUGCAUGUUUCAAGAGAUGUCAGCAGAGAUUUCUCUUGGAUGUAAAGACAGCUGGUUGGUCUGAGGGCAUGGUGGCCUGGCAUUUUAUCACCUUUUCUUGCUGUGGCUUCCCAAGGGGAAAUGGCAGCUUGGAAUAGGGUAGAUGAGAGAAGACUGGCACUGUUUUGUGGUUCAGAGCAAGUGACUGGUGGGAGGAGACAGAAUUAGUUCUUGGCCUGUAGCAUCUGUUUGAGAAGCAUCAAAGUACUUGGGGGAAAUGGAUAUAUUUUGCAAAAGAAGCAAAACCCAGGGGGAAAGAAUGUGUUCCUGCUGCAGAGGGUGCAUUUGCCCUGCCCAGCACCAAGGUCAAAAGCCAUGCUUGUGUCACAGGCAUUUGGCUCUGUGCAGAUCAGACCAAGCUGUGCUGGGGUCACCCCAGCUCAUGGAGUCACCCCAUGCCCCUGCUGCAGUGGUCUCUGUCCAGCAGCACCGAGCAGGUCCUGGCCAAACCCUUCCCCACAGCAUGGCCCCUCUGCUGUGCAAGCACAGGGAGGACAGUGCCACAGGGGGUCCCUGCUGGGACCUCCCCAGGGACAGCUCCCCUUGGCACAGCACCUUGGGGAUCUUGGAGGAGUGCAAACAGCCAUGGAUUCAGAAGCCCUGGGCCAGGGUGGGGGCACAAGAGAUACCUCUUCCCCAUUGUCCUCAUUGAAAUGGCUGCAUUUGCUACUGUAGCAGUGCUGUUCCUCUGCUCUCUGACUGUGCCGUGUCCUCCUCCACUGCUGUGCUUUUGUCCUCAUUCCCUUUUAGCCUUCCAUAGCUUUCUUCCUUCCUUUCUUUCCCUGUCUCACUUUCUCUGUUUUUCAUCCUUUAAGUCUCUCCUUCAUUUCCUCAAGUACUUGAAUAUUCCUCUUCUCCAGGCUGUUUCCUCCCUCUCCCAAGCUCUCACACCUUCUUAACAAUGUGCUUUUGUGUCCUG